AUGAUUCUUUCAGCUGAACCACCCCGUCUCAACAGAUUUAAUCUCACCCGCAUCGGCAACGGAGGUGCCGGCCAAAGCGGUCUCAUAGAAGGUAAAACCAAUGAAGUAGACAUAGACAUAGGAAUCACAUACCACAAAACUGCAGAACAAAUCGCAAUCAAAAACGGGGUCGUCUCAGGUUGUAAAUACAAGGACUCGAACAGCAUGAGACCGUGCUUCGGUGACAGUUGCAAAGACUACGAGGAACGGCCGUGCUACACAUUGCGGGACCAUUUCUACCUCGCCGGGCGGAAGAAUAGCACAGCCGAUAUCCAGGAUGAGCAUGAUAUUACGGAGACGUUCUCGAAGCUGUUUAAUGCGGGGGAGAAUGGGACAGCGCGGUUCUCGAGUCGGUUUGAUAAGUCAGCUCUCUCUCUCUCUCUCUCUCUCCCUUUUUUCUAUCUCUGGUUUAUGGUUGUAUUUUAUGGUUGA